AUGAACACCUACGAUGACUACCUGGCUGAUCAGUAUGGACUGCUCGACCCACAUUCCACUUCACAGCACCAACUCUCUUGGCGUAAGAAGGUCUACGAAUUCUUCAGUGCGCCCGUGACCAGAUUCUACUUGCAUGUGUUGCUAUACGCCCUGUUCCUCGUGCUGUACAUCGGACUGUGUAUAUACACUCCGCCUUACAACGAAAUCAGCGCCCGCGAAGUCUACAUCUACGCCCAUAUCAUCACCUACGCCAUGGAUAAAUUCCGCGAGGUCACUCUCGUGCCUGGUAAUUCCUACAUGCAGAAGAUGCGGGUUCAUCUGACUGCCUUCUGGAACGUUUACGACUGUAUACUUAGUAUCUUCUCCGUUGGCGGUGUUGUUGUGCGUCUCGUUGGCAUGCGAAACAGGAUGGUCUACCUUUGGGGCCGGAACAUCUUGGUCAUUUGUUGUGCAUUUUGGCAAAUGCGCUUUCUCGAGCUGAUGCAAAUUUGGCGAUUCUCCGGACCCUACAUCUACGUCAUCGUGAAGAUGUUGAGAGCGAUGAUUCCCCUGUUGACGCUCCUCUUCCUGCCGCUAGUCGCAUUUGGCACUCUGCGUGAGGGCAUCAUGGUGAUGAAUCGAACGGAGAUUACCCUGGAGGGUAUCAAGAACAUCCUCCUGGAACCCUACUUUAUGCUGUACGGCGAGGUCUACGCGCCGGAAAUCGAUCCUAUUGACUGGAAUGUCGAUCUGGAUGAGGCGCCACUCUACCAGGCUGUGCCCAUCGCCAGUGUCAUCUACCUCCUCUAUUCCAUCGUGCUGAUGCUCAGCGUCAUCAUUGCGGUCUUCAACAGCAUAUUCAUACGGGUACUGGAACAAUCAGAGCUCAUCUACAAGUACCUACGCUACUCCAUAAUCAUCGAGUACGAAUCGCGCCCUCUCCUGCCGCCUCCAUUUGUCGUCAUCUCCUGGCUCUACAUGGGCGCGCGACAUUGCUUCAGUGACUCGGAUGACGCCUUCGGGGCCAUUUCCCUCGGUCGACAUGGCGCUGGGACUUCCAUGGGCGUUGGACACAUUUUCGCCCCGGCUGCCCCCAAAGUAGUGCGAGGCGAUCAUUCAGAGGGGCUCAAAUUGUUCUUGAAGGCGGGCGAAGUUGAGGAGCUGCACGAUUUCGAGGAAGAAUGUGUGGAAGACUACCGACGAGAGAAACAGAAGGCCGAAAAGCAGCAAUCCGAAUGCCAACUGGAUCAUAUCGUUACUAGGUAA